AAUCCCAGCUCUUUUCCCCACAGCCCAAAGGAGAUCCAUCAUCCAACUGUUGGCUGCUGGAUUUCCCCUUCUCUGAGAGACAAAGCUGUUAGGACUUUAUCGAUCCAUCAUCCAACUGUUGGCUGCUGGAUUUCCCCUUUAAUCCCAACAAAUGGACACAAUAAAUCAAUAUGUCCCAGAGUUGGAGUUCACAUUUCAAGAAGAAUGCACUCAAAUUGUGUUUAAGGCUGAAAACAAAAUGACACUUAUCUACUGACUUCUUGUUAUUUGUUUUGAGUUGAGGUUUCAUUCUGGUGUUUUGCUGACGCUUUAGAUAAAGACCAGAGUUCAUGAAGUUCCCUCAGAAGGGGAGCCACCCAGAGCUGUUUGAACCGGGGAAAGCACCAAAUAGACAAGAAAACAAUAUGACUGAAAGUUCUUGAGUGACAGCCAAGACAAGUAAAAGUGAGGGGCGGAGCCAGGAGGUGGCCAGGGCGAUCCUAGACAUCUGAUUGGCCACCCCAGUGGCAACAGCAAAGUCCUGAAGUAAGAUUGGCUGGUUGCCUUUUCAGAGACGGGACUUUUGUUCAAAUCAACUUUUUUGGCUGUGUUACAACAAGCUGCUGUUAGCUUCCUUUGCAUUUAAAAGUAGCCCAUUUCAUUUGUUUAGAAUUUUAAAUAGUGACUUUGAAUAUAAGGAGCAGUUUUCAGUGGGUCACGUCUUUUUUUGUCAAAAAGUCUUAGAAGCACCUUUUUCCACCACAUGGCAACCUGCGUGCACAUCAAUUCUAACACUAAGGGGUCAGAGUUACAUAUUGCUCCUUUAAUUUUUAUUUACAUGGCAAACAAUGAAGGACGAGACACUUGACUUGCAUGUUUAAAGAGUGAACAAAUAACUUAAAAAUGAAACCAGUCACACUCUGCAUAUCUGUGUAAAAUAUAUCUGAGAGUUGAAUCCAGGAUGUUAAAGUGCACGGCUCUGUGUUUGUUUUUAAAUGUUUGUUUUCUGAAUCAGAUAUUAAGCUCGAGUUGUGGCAAAGGUCACACCCACUAGCCAUCAGACGUCUUAGUUUACUAAUUAUCUGGCCUGACCUCCGAGUGGAUGGAUAUGUCUCAGACUGGAGUUGAACUGGCUGCUGCUGCUGCUGCUUGUAAGGAGGAUACCUGGCUGCGUCUUCAUCCUCCUAAAAUGAAAAAACAAGUGACAUUUGCAGAAGGUCAGACGGUCUACAGGCUGCAUCAGGAUGACGCUUUUCAAAGGAGUAUUGGGAUGAAAGAGUCAAGGAUGGCCGCUCGUUUGAAAACUCAACGACCAAACGUCAAAAGAUGUGAACCGCAGCUCCAUGAUGUAAAAACUGUACAAAUCCCCCAAACAAUGACAGCAGGCCCUUUUCUGAAGCACACAGCGCUAACACCAGCUCAGAAGGAGUAUCUGUACACCAUCGCAGCUUCCUACAGCACGGCACAUGUGCGUGACCUCAUUAACCAGCAUUACAUGAACGUGCUGCACAGGUGUAUCCCAACAGGUCACGACCCUGAGAGAGACGACCUGGUUGUGCCAUCUUCUGUGAACUUACCUGGGACUGAGGGGAGAAGCAAACAUCCAUCAGGAGUGUUUUCCCCAACUAAACACAAAGAGAAGAUACAAACAGGAGCAAGGAAUCCUGGGAAAUCCUCUCUUUCAAAUACCCCAAGCAGACAAACAAGGUCUUAUAACACAGCAGCAUCAAAACAAACAAAGAUGGAGAAAAAUACGUCAGCUUAAUAAGAAGGAAAAGUCCAAAGAGAGGUGGAAUGAAGCUGUCGCAGAAGCAGGAGGAAGAAGAAGAGGAGGAAGAGGAGGAGGAAGAUUCUCUGAGUGAAUGUUUGAGUCCACUCUCUGUCGGAGAACGGGACGAUGACACGUCUUCCCAUUUGUGACAUUGCGAUUGUAAAUUUGAGUUUUCAUGUCAAAUAAUGUGUGCAAGGGAAUUUCACUUUGUCCAGUAAACCUUCCAGUUAUGAUAAC